AUGCUCGUCAAAUCAUUCUUUCUUUUCCUAGCUUCCGCGACCCUCGUCACCGCCAAGUCGUUCAUAUUGUUUGCCUACUUCUCUGAAUUGGUCAACCAUUUCGUGAUGGACCCGCAUGAGUUCGCCAUCAACGCUCGGAACGGACGUUUCUGGGUCGGUGCUUUACAGCCUACAACCAACUGCCCGAACUUUUCCGGCGCUCAUUGCCCACCUAGCAACACGACAGUCGUCGAUGAUUUGUUCAGACAGCUUCAGAUUUCUAAACCAGGCGGACAAAGAGUCUACGCCGACCCCGAUGGUGUCAUCUCCUACACCCCGGGAGGUGACAGCGCAAUCACCGCGAUGCCUGCGGGCUCCAACUUCAACGCCUUUUACAAGACGCCCAUGGAGAAUCUAGCCUUCGGAGAGGAGGCACAUUUCCUGCAGUUUUAG